AUGUAUCUCUCAGUCAUCAGUACAUCUUCACAAGCUAUCCACUGCUCAAUUUCAAUUUUAGGGCAGAAUGUUAAUUUCUUUACUUCCUUUGUAUAUGCUACUAACAUUGCUACUGAUAGGCAAUUAUUGUGGGAUGAUAUAAGCUACCAUGCUCACCUAUUUUCACAUUCUCCAUGGCUGCUUAUGGGUGACUUAAAUGUUAUUCCAAACAUUGGGGAAACUCAUGGAGGAUCUAUGAGAUGGAGCAAUGCUAUGACUGAUUUCACUGAAUGCUUACAAGAAACUGAAUUAGAUGACCUCAAGUUCAGUGGGAUAUUGUAUUUUUGGAGCAAAAAAAUCCUGGGAGAUGCUUGCAUUGCCAAGAAGCUUGAAAGAGCUUUGGUCAACCUUGGGUGGACAAAAAACUUCCCCUCAUCAGAGUGCACUUUUCUUCCCCCUGGCAUCUCAGAUCACAGCCCAAUUCUUAUUACAUUAGAUCUUAACACUCCAAGAAGAUGUGUUCCAUUCAGAUUCUUUAAUACAUGGUCCUCUCAUCCAAAAUUCCACUCUACAGUUCAUGAAGUCUGGAUAACAUACAUCAGGGGUACAUCUAUGUUUCAGGUGGUCCAAAAGUUAAAAUUGCUGAAGAAGGUGCUAAGAGCUAGCUGCAAGAAGGAAUUUUCAGAUGUGGAUGCCAAACUGUAA